AUGUCCUCUAUCGCAUCCUACCCCGACCCCGUCGACCACGAUAUGGGGAACACUUUGAGCCCGUUCGCCGCGCCGAGCGCAGCUCGUCUAAGACUGAUGAUCAGAUGGAAGGACGAGGUCAGGAACUGCUUGCGCUCAGAACACCGCCGCGAGGAGACAAGCAUGCCCGAGGCGGGGAAACUACAAGGGCGUCCUGGAAGUAAGGGGCGGGUGGUCGGUCGUGCCGAACGCGGGCGACAUGGCGAGCCGAGCGAGGCUACUUCGUCCCAGAUGCCUUACGUUGAUCAAGGGCGUGCCGAAAGUCUUGUUCCUAUCUUCCUCUGCGGGUUCAUUGCCGUCAUCUGGCUCGUCGCCAUUGUGGAAUGGCUAGACAUACAUAUGAAAUUGAUUUGGGAACCCAUCCACAUCGACGUCCCGUGCUUGGGCAGUAUCCCUAUGUUGCGCUCAUUAUCUGUGACUUUCCUGUUUAUAGAUGAACCUGUAAAUAUACAAAGCCUGGUCACGCUGGGAUGCUUAAUCGAGGAGAAACAUAGCUUGGUCUCGAGAGGAAGCUCCGGCUCCGCCGGCUCUCACCUCGCCUCACCAAUGCAGGCUGAUGUUCUUGUAGAGGAGGCCGAAGCCCCCAUUGGCUAUUCGACCUUUCCCAAGACGGUCUCCGGCAACACCCAUGGGAUUCACGUCGACGAGAGCUCCAACGUUCAGUUCCGUAGCGAGGUCAUUCACAACGCCGAGGCGGAGGUCCAUUUCCACCAUGUACAAGUACUUCCCGCAUCACUUCCGCAUAACUAUGCUCAUUCCUACCGCAGCACGGUCGGCGACAGUUUGCUCUUCGCCGUAAAGGCCCGCUGCCCUCAUGUGGUCAUGGCUGUGUAUGGUCUGAGCCAUACUGUGAACACGCGUGUUGGGAGCGAUCUCAUCCGUAGCGUUAGUGGCGGCGAGCACAGAAGGCUCUCCGUCGCGGAGACCACCAUCUCUAAGGCGCCCGCCCGAUGCUGGGACAUCGCUUUGCCCGCCUCCGCGUACAAUCUCUUCGACAAGGACACCCUUCUCUACGAGGGCCGCCAGAUCUACUUCGGCCGCACCACCGGCGUUAAGGAGUUCUUCCUCAAGACGGGCUUCGAGUGCGCGGAGCGGCAGACCACCGAUCACUUCUUAACCUCGCUCACGAACCCGGCGGAGCGCAUUGUGCGCCCCGAAUUUGCGAAGAGCGAUCUUUAUACGCCGGACGAAUUUGCGCAGCGGAGGAAGGAGAGUCGCGCGCGGCAGCAGCUGCUCCGCGACAUCGAGACGUACAAUGCGCAGUUCCCGGUCGACGACAAGCAGUACAAGAGGUUUCAGCGCUCGUGCCGCAGUCAGCAGCCAAAGUCCUUGAGCGUCAAGUCCUCGUACACGCUCUCCUUCGGCAGGCAGAUCGGUCUUCGUGCCGAGCCAGCAGCACAGGAGCGACAUGAUCAACUUCUGUCACAGUAUUCGGUAACUUCGUCACGGGCCUCAUCAUCGCGAGUGUGUCCUAACAUGCAACCGAACACGGACACCUUCUACCGUCGUGGGGCUCUGCUUCAAAUUGCCGGCUCGACCAAGGCUUUCGCCGGUAUGUACGAGAUUCUGACCCUGUACGCUCAACGCCCCAUCGUCGAGAAGCACUCGCCCUUUGCUCUGUAUCAAUGGAUUUUGGAGGCCGUGGCCAGUAUAAUUCGUGGCCUGCCGUCAAAGAUCAACUACGAUCAACCUCGCCACGUACACAUGGGUCCCGGCAUCGUGAACCUGUCCGGCGAGGACUUUGUCUGCGCAACGACGGGUGCCGUGCCGGGAUCUACUAUCGUCUAUGGCAUGGGCUACGUCAGCAUGACCUAUAACUAUCAUCGCUCGCUCGUCUGGCGCAACUUCGGUAUUUCCAUCGGCUUCAUGGUGUUCUUCUGCGGGACGAAUUUUCUCGCGACUGAGAAGAUUGCGGCUGCGAAGCCUGAGGGUAAAGUCCUUGAGUUGCAGAGGAGCCGUCUUUCUAAGCGCCGUAGCCAGCACGUCGACGACGCGGCUGGCGGCGCGAAGUUCACGGAGGACAACAGCGUCGGCUCGGACUACACCGUGGCCGUCAUUCAGCCCUUCGCCGAGAUCUUUCACCGGCACGACGUCUGCUCCGACAUCAAGAAUGAGAAGGAGGACCGCCGCCUGGUCGAUAACGUCUGUUGGGUUAAGCCCGACACGCGACCGUUGUAG